AUUGUAGACGUAGGCCUGCAAUCAUACACAGACCUCUGCAUGGUGCAAUUAUAACCACAAAGAAGAAGAAGGGCGUCGUGUUUUGAAGCAUGAAUGCGAUAAGAUGAGUGUGUAGAUACUAAGGUUUAACGUUUAACGUUUAGGUUAGAUUUUUUACUGCUUUUAUAUUUACAAGUUUUUGGAAAUAAGCGCGAAAAUGGAGGUACUACCUCCUAUAAAAAUAAACAAUCCGGCUCCGACCGUUGAACAAAUCAACGCCGACAGGAUAACCCAGUUAGCCAAUAAGUAUUGGGCACCACAAACGUCUGAUUCACACCAGGCAUUCAGUGCUCAAAUCGUAGAUGAUAUCUACAUAGAGGAAAUAUGCGUUUCGAAAUUUUCAAUUCGGCGAAUCAUGAUGCUGGAGUUCAGUCAGUAUUUGGAGAAAUACCUGUGGCCCAACUACAAUGCUGAGGUGGCCACACGCGCGCACACAAUGUCCAUUGUCGUCAUGGUGAAUGAGAAAUUCAGAGAGAGAGUGCAGGUUUGGGAGGCUUUCGAGAAGCUGCCAAACCAAUUUCCAGGCUUCUUUAAACAUGUUUUAGAAGCUUGCCUUGAAGAUAGCAUUCAAGACUAUGAUUUGAAGGAGCAGACAGCAUUGGUUGUCUUUUUAAACCAUUGCUUCAACUCCAUGGAGGUGACACUGGUUAGAGAACAAGUCAAAAGGCUGGUUUCCUUGUCCAUGUGGAUCUCCUUGCAACAAGGCAGGAGAGAGCUCGAAUUUAAAAAGAUUCCAAAGUGGAAAAAGUAUUAUAAAGCUAUCCUUAAGAAAGAUAAGCAAGAAGAUAAAGAAAAAUUGGAAUGGGAAAGGAAGUUUCUGCAUAGAUUGAUGAUUAAGUUUAUGUCGGUUUUGGAAACCAUAACAUUAGAAGAUCACGUAAAUCCUGAUAAAGUUCACUAUUGUGAAAGAUUUUUGGAACUUAUGAUUGAUUUGGAAGCUCUUUUGCCAACCAGACGAUUCUUUAAUACUGUCAUGGAUGACUGUCACUUAGUAGUGAGAUGUCAACUGUCAAAUUUAUUGCAAAGGCCAGAGGGUGGAUUAUUUGGACAACUCCUGGAGAUGCUGAAAUUCUACGCGAGAUUCGAGAUAAGCGAGGAGACGGGCGACCCCCUGACGGAUUACGAUAUGACGCAGAUUCAUUAUUCCAAAAUCACGUCCUUGCAAAAGGCCGCCUUCGCCAAGUUUCCUGAUCUUCGCUCGUUCGCUCUCGCGAACGUCGCCAGCGUCAAUACCCGCGAGGCGCUUUAUAAGCACUUUGGCUGUCUCAGCCAAGAGAAACUGCGGGCCAUAGCGAGUUACCUGAAUUUGGUACCACCGGAGGAUCGCGAGCAAGUCGAGAACUGGUACAGGCUGGACUUGGAAUUCAUGCGAGAAUUGCUAAUCUCCAGACACGAGAGGCGAGCCUCGCAACUGGAGGAGUUGAACGAGAUGCCCCUCUACCCCACCGAAGAUAUCAUCUGGAACGAAAGCAUAGUGCCAACCGAGUACUUCUCCGGAGAGGGAUGCCUCGCCUUGCCGAAGCUGAAUCUCCAGUUUCUCACACUCCACGACUAUCUCCUACGAAACUUCAAUCUCUUUCGGCUGGAAUCCACGUACGAGAUUCGUCAAGACAUCGAGGAUGCGGUCAGUCGACUCAGCCCAUGGCGCGCAGAGGAUGGCGGAGCGUACUUCGGCGGCUGGGCGCGCAUGGCUCAGCCGAUUACUCAGUUCGCCGUGGUGGAGGUUGCCAAGCCUAACAUAGGCGAGAAGCGGCCAUCUCGGGUUCGUGCUGAUAUAACCAUCAAUCUCAGCGUACGGAAAGAGAUCAAGUCGGAGUGGGAGAAUCUGAGGAAGCACGACGUCUGCUUCCUCAUUACGGUCAAGCCAAUGAAUCCGAUUGGUACCAAAUAUGAUCAUAAGCUGCCGUUCGUCCCACAAGUCGGACUGACGACUGUACGUGGUUGUGAAGUCGAGGGUAUGCUCGACUCCAACGGUCGUGUAAUAGAAGAUGGCCCGGAACCUCGCCCAGUUCUUCCGGGCGAUGCACGCACCUAUCGGGUUUGGCUUGACUCUAACCAAUAUCGCAUCGAUAUGGACAACGCGAGCCAUGGUGGCGAGGAUGUCUAUGAAAGCUUCAACAUCAUUAUGCGACGCAAGCCGAAAGAAAAUAACUUUAAAGCAGUUUUGGAAACUAUAAGAGAGCUCAUGAACACUGAGUGCGUUGUGCCGGACUGGCUACAUAAUAUUAUUCUUGGGUAUGGUGAUCCCGGAGCAGCUCAGUAUUCCAGAAUGACCGAUGAGAUUGCAACAAUGGACUUCAACGACACUUUUCUAGACAUCGAUCAUUUGCGCUCAAGCUUCCCAGGUUAUGAGAUUAAGGUAACUACGGAAGACCCAGAGAAACUUGUCAAACCAUUCCGGGUCACCUUUGAAGACGUGAUUUGCAAGCAGAACAAUGAAGAGAGUAGAAAAGUUAUAACAGUAGAACCGCACGUGCCACCCAGUAGAGGCCCUUAUACGGCCAAUCAACCAAAAAAGAAUCAAAUUCCAUUUACACCAACGCAAGUGGAGGCCAUUCGUGCUGGAAUGCAGCCAGGUCUGACUUUGGUGGUUGGUCCUCCGGGUACGGGUAAAACAGACGUGGCUGUGCAGAUCAUUUCGAAUCUUUAUCACAACUUCCCGAAUCAGAGGACGCUUAUCGUCACUCAUUCUAAUCAGGCUCUAAAUCAGUUGUUCGAGAAGAUCAUGGCCUUGGACAUUGACGAGAGGCACCUGCUGCGUCUCGGUCACGGUGAAGAAGCUCUCGAGACUGAGAAGGACUUUAGCAGAUACGGUAGAGUCAACUACGUACUUGCUAAACGUCUGGACUUACUGAAGGAAGUACAUAGGUUAAAGGAAUCUCUGGACGUACAAGGAGAUGUCGCCUACACGUGCGAAACUGCCGGCUACUUCUUCACGUAUCAAGUCAUGACUAGGUGGAAGCGAUUCCAAGGUAGAAUGAAACAGCGAGGUGGUGGCACAGAUUCUGUUCUAGUUUCAAUUGUGGAUGAGGAAUUCCCCUUCCACAAAUUCUUCGAUAAUGCUCCACAACCCCUGUUCAAACGGAAAAACUACGAGGAAGACUUGGCUAUCGCAGAAAGUUGUUAUAGGUACAUCGAAAGGAUUUUCACCGAACUUGAAGAAUUCAGAGCCUUUGAGUUGCUUCGAUCGGGUUUAGACAGAUCAAAGUAUCUUCUUGUAAAGGAAGCAAAGGUGAUCGCCAUGACUUGUACACACGCUGCAUUGAAGAGAAGAGAAUUGGUGGAUAUGGGCUUCAAAUAUGACAACAUCCUCAUGGAAGAAUCGGCCCAAAUUCUAGAAAUCGAAACUUUUAUUCCGCUGCUCUUACAAAAUCCUCAAGAUGGCUAUAAUAGAUUGAAACGUUGGAUCAUGAUAGGAGAUCAUCACCAGCUGCCUCCCGUCAUUAAAAACAUGGCAUUCCAAAAGUACUCUAACAUGGAACAAUCGCUGUUUUCCCGAUUUGUUCGUCUAGGAGUUCCUACAGUGGAUUUGGAUGGACAAGGUCGUGCUAGACCCAGCAUAUGUAAUCUCUACAAUUGGCGCUAUAAAAAACUCGGCAAUCUGCGACACGUCGAGAGUAGUCCUGAGUAUCAGGUGGCAAAUGCCGGCUUCUUGUACGAUUUCCAGCUGAUCAACGUAGAAGAUUAUAUUGGCAAAGGAGAGAGCGAACCAAGCGCUUACUUUUAUCAAAAUUUGGCCGAGGCUGAAUACUGCGUUGCGGUUUACAUGUACAUGAGGCUGUUGGGCUACCCAGCUGACAAAAUCAGCAUUCUCACAACUUAUAACGGACAAAAACACUUAAUUCGAGACGUGAUAAAAACCAGAUGUGAAAAAAAUCCAUUAAUAGGCAGUCCAAACAAAGUGACGACGGUCGAUAAAUACCAAGGACAGCAAAACGACUAUAUUCUUCUAUCACUGGUCAAGACCCGAGCGGUUGGUCACCUGAGAGACGCCAGGCGUCUUGUUGUAGCCAUGUCGCGUGCUCGUCUUGGUCUAUACGUAUUCGCCCGGGUCUCGCUCUUUAAGAACUGCUUUGAGCUAACCCCUGCAUUUGAUCAACUCAUGCGUAGGCCGCUGACUUUGAAGUUAAUACCAACUGAAACAUAUCCUACUUCGAGGCUUAACGACCAGGAGCCAUCUGAGCCACCACUAGAAAUUCAAGACAUGCCGCAAAUGGCCAAGUUCGUUUACGACUUUUAUUUAAACAAAGUUAAUAUAAAGGAGACUCAACAACGAGACUGGUAUAACGCCGAUGUGAAAGCAUCAAAUCCGGAUCAUUUUGUUCAUGCCCAUCCUGGAGCAGAUGAUGACUCCGACGAAGAAAUGGAAAAACCUGCACCUGAAACUGCAGCGGCGGAUAAUCCAAGUGAAGAAACACAGCAAGAGAGUACAAAAAAUCAUGUGAAACCAGAAACUAUUAUAGCUCCUAUAGAAAACUUAGUAGAAGAGGAAGAACCAACUUCGACACCCGUCGAGUCAAAUCAGGAGGAGGAAAAGAAUGAUACUGAUGAUGAGGACGAUGACGAUGCUACAUUGCAGGCAAAGAGAAUGUGUACAUAAAUUUGUCAUUACUUAUUUAAUACCUGAUUGCCAAUUCUGAAAUUGUAAAAGUUGAAAGUGUUACUUAAAUGCAUAAACUAUGAAGAUUAUGUAUUGCGAGAAUACAUAUUCGUAUCGGCACACCGUCAGUAUAGCCGAUAUUGAUUAAAGAACCAUCUCCAACGUCUAUGGAGUUAAAUGGGUAGGAAAAAAUAAUGAUAGUAAAUGAUUGUAUAAAAUAAAACUAUAUCUUUUUUCAAA